AUGCAAACAUUCUUUAAACGACGACGAACCUUUUACCGACAUAUUGCUAACCACCACCAACCAGCAUCGCCCAACUCACCCCGUCCCCUUCAAGCAAGCGACGAUAUACCGCUCUGCGCGCAGCAUAUAUCUCCUGUCAUGUCGCUCGUGUCCGGUGAGAAGACGAACUUUCAGUUCAUCCUCCGUCUUCUCAACACCAACGUCGAUGGCAAGCAAAAGAUCAUGUAUGCCUUGACGAAGAUCAAGGGAGUUGGGCGCCGAUAUUCCAACUUGGUCUGCAAGAAGGCCGAUGUCGAUUUGAAUAAGCGCGCCGGAGAAAUCACCACCGAAGAACUCGAGCGCAUCGUCACCAUCAUCCAGAACCCCACCCAGUACAAGAUCCCCACCUGGUUCCUCAACAGACAGCGUGACAUCACCGACGGCAAGGACACACAGGUUCUUGCUAACCAGAUGGAGUCCAAGCUUCGUGAGGAUCUGGAGCGUUUGAAGAAAAUCCGCGCCCACCGCGGUCUGCGUCACUACUGGGGUCUCAGAGUCCGUGGCCAGCACACCAAGACUACUGGCCGGAGAGGGCGCACUGUCGGUGUCAGCAAGAAGAAGGGUUAA